AAACGGGAACAAACAGUUCGUGCGUGCGGCAGAGCACCGAAUUUGUGCGAAUUUCUCCCCCAAUUAAUACCGUUUUCCCAUGUGUUUCCCGUGCGGCCGGUAAAGCAGUUCCGUGAUUAAGCUGCUCCCCUAAAUGCUUAGCAUCGUUGCGGCCACAUUUAGCUGGUGUACAUUGCGGUAGUGCCGGAAGGUGGGAAGGUGUAUAGGAUCACGCAGCAGAGCAGCACAACAAACCGGUGCCGACCAUGGACAUGCUGAUAGCGAACGUCGACAGUUGGACUUUCAAGAUAGAAAAGGAUCUCAACGAACAGUAUGGAGCUCUGGCGCUUCCCUUCCCCGGGAUGGACAAAUCCACCGCGGCCGUGUGUCUGUUUUUCAAUGCCUCCGACGGGACGGAAUGCAAGAAAGGCAACUCCUGCCCGUUCCGACACAUCCGCGGCGAUCGCACGAUCGUGUGCAAGCACUGGCUGCGCGGUCUGUGCAAAAAGGGCGACCAGUGCGAGUUUCUGCACGAGUACGACAUGACCAAGAUGCCGGAAUGCUACUUCUACUCCCGCUUCAACGCCUGCCACAACAAGGAGUGCCCGUUUCUGCACAUCGAUCCGGAGAGCAAAAUCAAAGAUUGCCCCUGGUACGAUCGGGGGUUCUGCCGGCAUGGGCCCAACUGCCGGCACCGGCAUGUGCGGCGCGUCCUGUGCAACAACUAUCUGGCCGGCUUCUGUCCCGACGGGCCGGAGUGUAAGUACAUGCAUCCGCGGUUCGAACUGCCGCCCCCGCCCGAGAUUAAGGACCAAACGCCGAAGCGUCCCACCACCUGCCAUUACUGUGGGGAGGUGGGCCACAAAGCAUCGUACUGUCCGAAGAUGCCACUGGAGCAACGGGAAGCAACGCAACGUAUGGAGGAUGCCAAGUAUCGUGCCCUCGGUUACUUCAAACACCGAAUUCAUCAAGACGGAGGAAACAAUCCGGGUGGUGGUGGUGCUGGUGGCGAGGAGGGAAAUUUCAUGCCACAAAAACCUCCCCCACGCCCAAUCGAGGAAAUUACAUGCUUCAAGUGUGGCAUCAAAGGACACUACGCCAACAAGUGCACGAAGGGCCCGCUGGCAUUCCUUUCCAACAAUGUACAAAGAAAGUAGGCCACGAACAACCAACUCUCGUGUUGCACUUUCCCUCCACCAUUGCGCCGCCGACCGUUUUCUUCCUUUCUUUCCGUAUUUUUUUUUUCGUACGUCAUUAAUAAGUUGUAAAAAAGAAGAUCG